AUAAAUUUUAAGCCUAAAAAUUAGUAUUCAAAUUCUUCUGCUUAGUGUUUGUAUGGUUGUUGUAAUCCUAAGGUUGUAAAUGCAGUUUGAGUCUAUGCUUGAAGGAAAAAUUAAGUAGUAGUAGUGUUUUUCUCACGAGUUGUUUACUACGAUGAAUUGGAAGUUUUACUGUUUAGUGAUGAAAUUUGAAGUUUUAAAAUUUGACAAAGCAACUCAGAUUCCUCAAUUUAUACCUGAUAUCUGUCAACAGAUCUCAAAAUGAAAAUGUUUUAUUUUACUCCUAUUAAGUAGUCGAAGAAGAAGACAUAAAUAAGGAAAAAGGAACAUUCUGAGAGAAUUAGGAUUCAAACCCUUCUGAGUAGAAGCACUUUUAGUCUGGUCAUUUCGUGCACCGUAGGGUAUGGCUUAGUGGUCGAUGAAGUGAGAGGAGAACCACGAGGUUUCACGUUCAAAUCUUAUACGGUAGGAGGCAAAAUAUACUAGGUAAUUUCUACCUAUCUACCUAUUACGUAGCCGGUAAUAGUCAAGGUAUGUACAUGUUACUAGUGGCAUGAAGAGGACUCUCAACCACUAUGAACAAGAAUGGCCGGUACUCGAACACCAUUGUCAUACAAGAAAAACACCAACCACUAUACUUAAGGAACUGUUCUGAUUUUUUCCCCUCCAAAACAGAUGGAAAAAGAGUUGCCGUUGAAGGGGAUAGAGAUGAUAGGAUCAGCGGUUUACCAAGAAAUGUUAUAGAUCAUAUCCUUGAGCUUUUACCGGUUCAAGAUGCUGCAAGAACUAGUAUUUUGUCGAGUAACUGGAGAUAUAUUUGGUCUACUCUUUCAAAUCUGGUGCUGGAUUACGACUUCUGUCGUAAGUUAAUAGGAGAGUCCGAAUCCAAGUUCAAACUAGCAGUAGAUGAGAUCCUGCUACUGCGCAUGGGGAAUAUUGUGAAGUUCGUUCUUGACAUCAGCGGAGCAUAUUUGUCGUGUGCAGAUAUUGAUAGAUGGGUGCUUUUUGUCACCAGAAAUGGCGUCAAGAAGCUAACCCUUCGCAUUUCAAAUCUCAAUACAUAUACUCUGCCCCUUUCUAUUUUUGAAUGUUCAACAUUGACAAGUUUGGAACUCACCAACUGUGUCUUCAAACCACCCAGUUCUUUUCUUGGUUUUCCGAAUCUUAUCGCACUUCAUCUGGAAGUUACAACCUUUGUGCCAACCACAUCAUUUUGCGUUAUCAACGCCCCCCUUCUUCGGUACUUGUCCUUGGACAUGUGUCCUGGUACUCAGUACCUAAACAUUAUUUCACCGGUGUUGAAAUCCUUAGGCGUUCGAGAUAGUCACUACUAUCUCAUGCUAAAUUGUUUUAUCAACUGCAAAAAAUUGAGAGUGGUCAAACUUCUUUGUGAAGUGGUUGAUAAUCAAAAUCAUGAUGAAAAAUUAACUCUGGAGAAGCUUCUUAUUAGCUUGCCUGCACUUGAGGUACUCUAUUUGAGUUCAUAUAUCCUUGAGAUUUUGAGUGCAGAUGUAGUUCCAAAUGGGCUUCCUUUUACGCUCAACUUUUUGAGGCAUCUGUCGCUAUUUGUAGCCUUUGACCAUCUGGGUCAGACUUCUUAUGCUCUACAGCUAAUUAAGAAUUCCCCCAGUUUGAGUAAACUUGAGAUUUGGGUAAGUAAUAUUAGUAAAUUAUGCGGUCUUGCACUUGAUAUGUGUAUGAUUUGGUUCAUUUUUGCACUUCAUAUUUGGGAACAUGGAAGGGGAGCCUUGGAGCAACGACAAAGUUAUUUCUGUGUGACCUAUAGGUCACGGGUUUGAGCCAUGGAAACAACUACUAAUACUUGAAUUAGGGUAGGCUGUCUACAUCACAUCUUUGAGGUGCAAUCCAUUCCCGGGACCCUGCGUGAAUGUAUUAUCUACCACUGAUAAUGACGAAGCAGUUUUGAAGUAUCUGGAUACGCCGUCCUGCUUGGAACAGCCAAUCAACAAGCUCGAGCAUGUGACCAUCAAAUCUUUUGGUAUCUCAAAAGUUGAGCUGCGUUUUGUAAAGCUAUUGCUUUCUCGCACUCCAUCUCUGCUAAGGAUGUGCAUUAGUCAGAAGACAGACAUAGACGUUGAUAUCGCCUUAGAGUUGAUGCGUUUUCCCAGAGCUUCUCCCAGGGCAGAGCUGUCCUAUUUUCGAUAUUAGGAUUAGGAUUUUAACUCAAAGGAAGGGAUGAAUGGCAAAUUUUGUAAACAUGUGGUGAUAAAUAUGUUCUUCCCUCGAUAUUUUGAAAGACCAGUAUUUGUCAAUGUCUUUGAUAUGAUUCUCAGUCUUUUGGUAUAUUGUUUAAUCGUCUGCUUCUGAUUAAAGUUUCCUGGCUAUUGAGAAAUAGUCCAUUCGAUGGUUUA